CCGCGCUCCGCCCAGCCCGAGCCCGGCCGCCGGCCUUGACCAUGGCUCACCUGCUCUGCGGGCCCUGUAACCUGGAUAUGGCAGUCCUCUCCCUCAAGAAGGCUAACACAGGAGCUGUUCUCUGAAGCUCUAGAUGACUUUAUUCUUCCAAUGGCUUUCCCUUAACUUCCAAUAGCUCCAGUGACUCCCCUCUCCUCACACUAAGGAAAAUGUGAUGCGCUACAGGUGAUCGGCUUCUAGAUCACCACUCUAUCCACAAGUGACUUGGGUGUGAGAUCCAGGAGCAGUGGAGGUAAUCAUCAGGAAGACGUCUAAAGAAAUGGCAGACCAAAGAGGAGAAGCUGGGGGGAGAGUGACUGGAGAGCAGAUCAGAGGAUCUGGCAGAGAGGAACCUCCAGCUGCUGCCUCAUCCCAUGGCCAGGGGAAUCGCCCAUGUAGAAGACCAGCUAGAAACUCAAGGCCUGAACCUGGAGCCAGACCCCCUCCUCCUCCCACCAUGGUCAAUGAUCCACCAGUAUCUGCCUUACUGUGGGCCCAGGAAGUGGGCCACUUCUUGGCAGGUCGUGCCCGCAAGCUGCUGCUGCAGUUUGGGGUGCUGUUCUGCACCAUCCUCCUCCUGCUUUGGGUGUCUGUCUUCCUAUAUGGUUCCUUCUACUACUCCUACAUGCCAACAGUUAGCCACCUCAGCCCUGUGCAUUUCUACUACAGGACUGACUGUGAUUCUUCUACCACCUCACUCUGCUCCUUCCCUGUUGCCAAUGUCUCGCUGGCUAAGACUGGACGUGAUCGGGUACUGAUGUAUGGACAGCCGUAUCGUGUCACCUUAGAGCUUGAGUUGCCAGAGUCCCCUGUGAAUCAAGAUUUGGGCAUGUUCUUAGUCACUGUUUCAUGUUACACCAGAGGCGGCCGAAUCAUCUCCACUUCUUCACGUUCGGUAAUGCUGCAUUACCGCUCUGACUUGCUUCAGAUGCUUGACACCCUAGUCUUCUCCAGCCUCCUGCUGUUUGGCUUUGCUGAGCAGAAGCAGCUGCUGGAGGUGGAACUUUAUGCGGACUAUAGAGAGAACUCGUAUGUGCCGACAACAGGAGCGAUUAUCGAGAUCCACAGCAAGCGCAUCCAGAUGUAUGGAGCCUACCUCCGCAUCCAUGCCCACUUCACUGGGCUCAGGUACCUGCUGUACAACUUCCCCAUGACCUGUGCCUUCGUGGGUGUCGCCAGCAACUUCACCUUUCUCAGUGUCAUUGUGCUGUUCAGCUACAUGCAGUGGGCGUGGGGGGGCAUCUGGCCCCGACACCGCUUCUCUUUGCAGGUUAAUAUCCGCAGAAGGGAUGGCUCUCGAAGGGAAGCCCGGCGUAGGGCCUCCCCCCGUCAGCCAGGGCCCGAAGGUCAGGAGUCUACCCAAAAGUCAGAUGUGAAAGAUGGUGAGAGCCCUGAAGAUCCCUCAGGGACAGGGACAGCAGAGAGCCAGCUACCUGAGAAAAAACCAGACCAGAAGCCCCCGAAUGGAGAAGAGGAACUGGAGCCAGAGGCCAGUGAUGGUUCGGGCUCCUGGGAAGAUGCAGCUUUGCUGACAGAGACCCCUGCCUCUGCCUCUGCCCUUGCCCCUGAGACUCUGGGCAGCUCUGAGCCCUCUAAAGGCACCAUCAGACAGCGCCCUACCUGCUCUAGUUCCUGAACUAGAGGGCAAAUUCCUCACAUUCCAGCACUUUCCCAUCUGAUUCUCCCUGUGUUGUUCCCUUAAUAAACUAUUUUGUGCCAACUGCU